CCUUCCCAAACGAGGCAUCAGUCCAGUCGCGGCGGUCUUGGAAGUCUCCGCCGCAGCACCUCACCUUGCCCAAGGGGACAGCCCAGCAGUAGGGCGCAGACAGAUUACCAAGACCAAGCAUGUCACGACGUCGCCCACAGCAAAAAGCCAACAUCCACAACGGCUGCGAAUUACCUCUUUGACGACGCAAAAGGCCCAGCAGGCUGCAGCGGCAAUCAUGCCACAAACCGACUUCCCCUUCAUCGUGUCCAGCGGGCCGAAACUGCAGAAUGACCCGAGCAUCAGGACUGUUAUCCGCAAACAGGCAAUGAAGGAUGUGGGCCACGCGCGGAGGAAACGCGGCCGGAAAAUGCGCGGCGAGGGCGAGGAUGGCUGCACCACUGCCCCAAUGCAGUCUGCAGCCAGCUCGUCGGACGAUGGCUCGGGCAACGGCACGCCGUCAACAUCAUCCGACGACACUACGUUCGAUGAGCUCGUCCCUCGACGGCUUCCGAUUAAGGCUACUAGUCCUCUGAGCUUGCUCUCUUCCACCAAUCUCCUUACAGACUAUGAAUUCGCGCGCUCGAGGUUCCAGGUCGAUGUCGCCGACUUGUCCAUGCUCACUAGCUUUUACAUCGGCAGGCCUACCCUUGCGGCACUGGCUGCGGAUCCUUCGAAUCUGAAAUAUCUCCUCAACGCAAAGCAGUGGUCCUUUGUGGAAUUCGUCCCCAGCCGCUACGGCUCAAGUAAAUGCAUCACGGCCGCGACAAACUGCGUACUAGCGAAAGUGCGCAGCAUUCUGGCUCCAGACGAAUUCACGGAUUCGCAGCUUCUUCUGCGCCUCUACUCUCGAGCUCUGCAGACAUUACAAGACGCCAUCGCCGACCCCUCGAAUUGCUUGGACUCUGAUGUCCUGUGUGCCACGCAGCUCCUCAGUAUUCAUGAGCUCCUCGACCCAACCCGAGCAGCAGCCUGGGACCAACACCUCUGGGGCUCCACGCGCCUAGUAAAAGCCCGCACACCCACCCGCUUCCAAACAGACUUUGAAAAAGCCCUCUUCGCCGCCCACGUCGGACCCGUCGUCUCCGAAGCCCUUACAAGCAUCAUAUCCUGCUACCUCGCGCAGCCCGAGUGGAUGGACCUCUACCGCUCGCUCGUCAUCGACACGGACGAGCUGACGGAUCGCAGUCCGUUGACAAUCGCCAUUCGCUCCGUCACUUUCUUCCUGCCUGAUCUCUGGCGAGAUGUAGAUACAGCCGUCAACGACGACGCCACUCUCUUCGACGAUGCUGCUCUGCAAGCCCUAGAAGCCCGAUGUCGCGCGCUCCACAGCGAAAUCCUCGCCUGGACAGAAGACUACAAAGCGCAUUGCGUGCGGUGGUCACUCUCUACACCCUCUCCAGCAGAGCUCGCGAUGCGCCGCGAAAAUUUCGGCCUCUCGAUCGAAUGCCUGAUUAUCGUGAAACGGCUUCUGUCCACCGUGUGCGAUGCCGAGCGGCCGCAAUUGGAACUCGAGACGCAGGCGCUUGCGCACUUACUCUUAGAGUUGCAGAAGAAUCCCGUGGCGGAGCAUUCGUUCUUAUUUGCGGGGCAUGAAGGGUGGCGUACAUGAUUGAAUUCACCAGGGACCAAUGGGACGGAACGCAGACGUACGCGUCGGAGUACGAGAGGAGGAUGGCGGUGCGGAUGCGAUAUAAUACCUGGACG